GAGUUCAUGGUACCCUGUUAUCACUCAGACCCUUUGGGACCUUCCUCGGUUCCUUCAAUCCCUAAGGAAAUAAGGUACGAACACGGAACCUUACGGAUAUCACAAAAGACCUCGAUAACCGCAAUAAUCAAUAUGUAGUUCCCCACUCCCAAUGUUGACUUUGACUUUUCAGAUCAGUAAUGUGCUCUUUUUCCUCGCGAGCUUGGUCCUAUUGUACCUACCCACUCAUUGGAAUCUAGAACAUUCCUUAUUCUCGUUUUUUAUUAACCGCUCGUCUUCCAUAUUUUUUAACUUCGGAGUACUUAGGCGCUUCUGCCUUUUCUAUCCUAGUCGUCUUUCCACCACACUUGUGUUGUUGCCAAGAUUGCACUCGGUCUUUGGACGAUUUUGUUUCUACGCGUUGCAUUAGCUUUUCUACUCAGUGCAG